AUGCUCGAGGCGUGUGCUCCUUCCCUUGAGUUGCCUCAUUCACAACAACAACAUCAUCAUCGGAAAGAGAGUCCUUUCCUCAAGACUUCAACAACACGAGAGAAAUCAGAUGAUCCUAUGAAAAGACAUGAGGGUAAAAUUUUCUUUUAUUGGGGAUGGAAGAAAGAUGAUUCGUUUUGCCAGGUCCUCUCCUUACUAUUCUCAAUAAUUUUGUUAUACCUAUUGUUAGGAUUACCCAUAUUUCCCAACCUCACUAUUGGGUUCGUUGAAGGUUUUGAUUACGAUGGCAUGGAAGAAUCCGUGAGGAAAGUUUGCAGAGCUGUUGAAAACUUUGUUGAUCAAUUUCCAUAUUAUGACUCCUCCGAAUGUGUUUCCUAUGAUGCGUGCGAUCCAAAUCUCAACACAAAGAUUCCAGAUUUCAAAUGUGAAAAAGGUUUUGGUAUGGAUGUGGAAUGCAAUUGCACGGGUGAGAUGCUUUCUUUGCACUUCCCAGUGUUGCUUCAUGCACCCUUCGUAAAACUGGGUUCAGAUGAGGUCUUUGAGUGUCUAACGAAAAGAAUUGGAGAAAUUUAUUAUGAAAAUCGCAUGCAAAAUGAACACAUAUUUCGGCAAGUGGUAGGUUCUCCCCGAGGAAUUGGUCAGUUAUAUCCUGGUAUUAAAUGGAGAACAACAGAUAAGGAGAUAUGCAAGAGUGGAGCACCUGCUUUUGAUUGCCCCAAUUUUGAUUUCAGAACUCGGCCAUGGUAUGUGAAUGCUGCUUCAGGCUCAAAGUCAAUUGUGUUCGUUCUUGACGUAUCUUCUUCGAUGAGUAUGAAUCACAGAAUUGAAAUUGCUGUUUUUGCUGUAGAAAAUGUGAUCGAUGGUCUUACGGAGAGAGAUCGUGUUGGAAUUGUUUUUUUCAGCUCAUCCGCAUUCUUUUGUUCGCUACAUGGAAAAACUCUACUUCUUGCCACUCCCGAAAACAAAAAGCUCCUGAAAGCUUGUUUGGAAGAUAUGAUGCCAUUUGGAGAAACAAACUUUGAAAAUGCAUUCGAAUUGGCAUUUGAUUUAUUUGAAGCAGAGGCCUCUAAUAGCUCAUUUAAUCUCAUGCCAACGUGUGAAAAAGUGAUUCUUUUCCUUACUGACGGCGAAAUUACUGACGGAGAAGAUCCAACACCACUCAUUGAACGAGAAAAUGAAAAAUUCGAUGCUAAAAUAUUUAGUUUCAGUUUGGGGUCAGAUGCUGACUUGGAAAUACCAAAACGUAUUGCAUGCAAAAAUCGAGGUUUGUGGAACAAAAUUUCGGACCAUAAUCUUCUCGAUUUAAGAACUCAAAUGUCAUCAUACUAUGAGUAUUUGAGCUUUCGUUUGACAGACCAGCACGUCACGUGGUCAGAUCCUUUCAUGGAUGUUACUGGACUUGGUGAAAUAGUUUCUGUCUCUAGUCCAUGUAUUAGUCAACGAGGCAGAUUUCUAGGAGUGGCUGUAUCUGCUUGCAAUUCCUCACUUGUGAAAAAUGAUCCAGAAUACACAAAAAGAAAGGCAAAUAAUUUUAAAAAGUGUCCUGAUGACAUUCCUGAAGAUUUUCUCAUCUACUUGAGAAGUGGAGAAAGCUGUGAUUAUUGUGGAAACUGUGAUUUUCAACGAUGGUAUUUUGUGCUUGCUUGGUCAACUUUGAGCGUGUUGCUGGUUGCCUUACUAGCCACAUUGUUAACUUGUUUGUACAUUUUUAUUCGAAAGAUCAUUCGAAAAAAGAAGUGGCAACGUUUAAAAGACGAAGUAUACACAGAAUCGCUGACUCACAGGCCUUCAUUUUAUAAGAAACGUGGAAAAUUGGAAAAAAUUGUUCUUCCUUUAAAGAUUGAAGACGAAGAACUGGUGGUGACACACAGAUAG